GGUGAAAUACGCAUUACGCCGGGUUGCAUACCUUCGUGGCUUUUUGCGCACGGGAUUUGACUUCCUAUGUUGAACGAUAAACUUCCUUGAUUCAACGGACAUUUUAAUUGCAUUAACAGAUCCCUUCAGUUGUGCGCCAUGUCGGAGGUUGGGGGCUUUCUAGGGACACUCGACUUGGAUUUACAGAGUUUCCCCGCACUAGGAAGUAUGCCCUUGGCAGAGGCGCCAGCGGGGUUACUGGAUGAGAGGCUGGGACAGAUCGAGGGGAGGUUACAGCGAGGCUCGCUGACGGAAUUCGAGCACCUUAAAGGGAUUCUGCGGCGGAGGCAGCUGUACUGUCGAACCGGAUUCCAGCUGGAGAUAUUCCCCAACGGGACCGUGUACGGGACAAGACAGGACCACAGCCGAUUCGGUAUCCUAGAGUUCAUCAGUCUGGCUGUAGGGCUGGUCAGUAUUAGAGGAGUGGACGCAGGACUCUACCUGGGCAUGAACGAGAGAGGAGAGCUCUAUGGGUCGAAGAAGUUAACAGCGGAGUGCGUGUUCAGAGAGCAGUUUGAGGAGAAUUGGUACAACACAUACGCCUCUACGCUCUACAAACACACCGACACCGGACGCUUCUACUACGUCGCGCUCAACAAGGACGGCUCGCCACGGGAGGGGGGGAGAACGAAGAAACACCAGAAACUAACGCACUUCCUGCCUCGGCCUGUGGAGAUAGAGAAGAUCCCCCAGGCUUACAGAGAUCUGUUCCAAUACAGGUGACCAGGGCUGAGCCUGGGAGAGAGGGAUGAGGAGGAGGAAAGGGAGGAGAGUUUGGGACUAAGGACAGGACUCAAUACUCCCACGCAUCCAGCCCCCCUCCCCCUGUGAAGGUGUUUAUGUAUUGCCCCUCCAGCCAAAAUGUCCCCCCCCCCCGUUCCUCCGAAUGGACCACCAACAAGAGAGAUAAACAUAGCUUGUGUUCCUGGACGUUAACACUAUGAGAGGACUGUUUGACCUCAGAGGGGUCAGAGCAGAGUGUAGGAGACGCUCUUCUCUCCAGCCACUGAGGAGAGAGAGGGGGAGUCCUACUAGAGGGGGGUGUUAUUGGGCCCAUAAGACCUCACUCUGGAGGGGAGCACAGGGUUGAGAGGAGAAAAUCCCUUCUUUGAACAGAUACGGCUGGAGAGAUGGAGGGAGAGAGACUGGACUGGCGUCAGGCCUGUAUGACUGCCUAACCCACCCUGGGAUAACCGCAGGUUAAAACCACCUGAAGAAGACAAAGACUUUUCCUGAUGAGAACCACUUUUAUACAUAAUAAGAUAAUUAACCAGCAUUCACUGCAAAUAAGAAAGGGUUUGGGGUUAGUCCUCAGCAGAUUGAGUAAGGGGUCUGAGGACUAGUAAUGAACAAGUAAUGGAAAGUUGAUCAGACUAGCUGAGAUGACCAGUGGACACUACUCUAGCCAAGCCAUUCACCACAGCAACCAGAGAACUCCAGGGAGCGAGCGAGGGAGGGAUUGACCAAUGGAAGUUGAGAGAAUGUCAGAGUGUUCUAAAUCAACGUGUAGAGAGAACUGAUCUUCUGACUAGUCAUUGUGAUAUCAGAGUGUUCUAAAUCAAUGUGUAGAGAGAACUGAUCUUCUGACUAGUCAUUGUGAUAUCAGAGUGUUCUAAAUCAACGUGUAGAGAGAACUGAUCUUCUGACUAGUCAUUGUGAUAUCAGAGUGUUCUAAAUCAACGUGUAGAGAGAACUGAUCUUCUGACUAGUCAUUGUGAUAUCAGAGUGUUCUAAAUCAACGUGUAGAGAGAACUGAUCUUCUGACUAGUCAUUGUGAUAUCAGAGUGUUCUAAAUCAACGUGUAGAGAGAACUGAUCUUCUGACUAGUCAUUGUGAUAUCAGAGUGUUCAAAAUCAACGUGUAGAGAGAACUGAUCUUCUGACUAGUCAUUGUGAUAUCAGAGUGUUCUAAAUCAACGUGUAGAGAGAACUGAUCUUCUGACUAGUCAUUGUGAUGUCAGGGCUGAGCUGGGAGAGAGAGAGAGAAUACACUACUACUUAGAAUGUAUAUGUGAUGGAGACAGAUUGGCCAUGAGGGAGCAUCCAGGUGUAACAGGGUUGGCAGAACUUGGCACAUAAGUUAAAUGAUCAAUGUAAAGAGAUGUGAUGAGCUGGGAUACAUGUAAUACUUUUUGACUAUGUGAUAAAUGUAAAACAUGAUUUCAGUUGGUACAGUCAAGGACAUGGAUGGUGCAGCUAGAUUGCAUUUCAAUUAAAUGCAGAUGACAACGAAUGAGAAAUCCUGAAAAGAAUAGGCUUUUAUUGAGACAAACUUGAUACACUAUAUACACAGCAGU